AUGGACUUUGCUGAAAUUAUUUUCGCUUUGUUCAUCGUCGUGGUCGCAGUCGUCUCGCUGUUGUCAAACUUAUUAGUGCUGCUAUGUUUCAUCCACAGCACCGAGAUACGCAGGCAGGUGCCUGGUGUUUUCACCAUGAACUUGUCUUUCUGCAACAUACUCAUCACUGUUCUGAACAUGCCGGCUACCUUGGUGGGGAUUAUCAGGAACCAGCAGCCUUUUGGAGAUUGCAUUUGCCACACGGUGAGCUUUCUGGAGACUUUUCUGACUGCAAACACCAUGUUGAGUAUGGCAGCUCUCAGCAUAGACCGGUGGAUAGCGGUGGUCUUCCCGCUCAGUUACUCCACUAAAAUGCGCUACAAGGACGCGCUGAUCAUGGUUUGCUACUCCUGGCUCCAUUCCUUCACCUUCUCCCUAACUGCGCUGCUCUUCUCUUGGCUUGACUACAGCGACGUGUAUGCGUCCUGCACCUUGCAGCCGAGUAAAGGAGGCAGUGACAGGAUUAAGUUUUCAAUCUUCACCGUCGUUUUUCACGCCACUAGCUUCAUCCUGUCCCUGCUCAUCCUGUGUUUCACCUACUUGAAGGUGUUGAAAGUCGCCAGGUUUCACUGCAAGAGGAUUGACAUUAUCACCAUGCAGACUCUUUUCCUGUUGGUCGAUAUUCAUCCAAGCGUGAAACAGAGAUGUUUAGCCGAGCAAAAGAGGAGAAAGCAGAGAGCCACAAAGAAGAUAAGCAUCUUCAUCGGCUCGUUCAUCAUCUGCUUUGCUCCUUAUGUAAUUACAAGGUUGGCCGAGCUUCUACCCUUCGUGGACAUAAACCGCCACUGGGGAAUCAUCAGUAAGUGCCUGACAUACAGCAAGGCUGCGUCCGACCCCUUCGCCUACUCUCUCCUACGUCAGCAGUACAAGAAAGUCCUGGUUACCGUCGUCAACAGGCUGCUCCGUCGUGACCUGUACCCCUCAUCUGGCCAUAACAGCUCUUUAGACACGGAGAACGACUACUGUCUCCAGAGGAUCAGCUAA